UCUACUGCUGGUGGUGGCAAACUUAACCCUGCGCCGCGCAGGGAGAGAGCAAAUUACCAAAAGGGCCCUGCGUUCCUGGCGGCUCUCUCGUUCUCGGUCAGUCCCGAAGUGGCAAAGUGGAAGGGAAAAGGGGGAGAGCGCAGCGCAGCGCCGGCGCAGGAAGCCAGCCAGGGGAAAGGAGGAAGGAACAACUCGCGACUCCUCGCAGCUCGCGACGCCCAGUUCGCGCGGUGAUCCGUCUCGCCCGGGGUGCUCCGCCGCGCCAGCUGCCGUUCUCGCCGCCCCGCGAGGCCCGCUUCCGCUUGAUCCUGCGGCCCCUGUUUUUCCUCGUUCCAGGUGGCCAGCCAGCCUCGGUUUCAUCGAGCACAUUUAAUUGUCCUCUGCUGGAGUGUACAAUGGCGGCAGGAGCCACAUUAAACUGGGUUAAAACCCCAUUUGACUCCCGGAGGUUUCAUGACCUUUCUAGUUUAAGUUUUCGAUGCCGUAACCCUUUUGGAUCAAUUCAGCCCUGCUGGUUGCCAACUAAUCAGGACUCAACCCUAACCAAGGUUCGUGUGGCUGCUGAUUAUUCAGACUCAGUGCCAGAUUCGAAGUACACAAGGGAUCGAGGUUAUCAUCCUCUUGAAGAAGUUAAAGAGCGUCCAAAGAAGAAGGACCUGCUACUGACAGAUGUCGAAACAGCUAGAACAGUAGUAGAGGCCAAUAGCAAGGGAUUGCUUGUAUUUCCUGCAAGGGUGCACAAUCAACCUCAUGGACAUGUUGCCUGGUCAGAGUUUCAAUAUGUUAUUGAUGACUAUGGAGACAUAUUCUUUGAAGUACCUGACAGCGAGAACCUCUUGGAGGAUGAUACUGCAAACAAUCCUGUGACAGUUUUGAUUGGAAUGGACGGACCAAUUAUUGGGGAAAGUAGUGUGGCGAUUAGUGAUUUCAGUGAUUACAUGGAUGGUGAAAAUUUUAUGGGCGUUCCUGAUGAGCACUACAGCAAGAUUGAUACAGAAAUAACUGAUAUUCUUAUAGAAUGGGGGAUGCCAGCAACAAUGCGUGCAAUACAUCCUGUUUACUUUGCCAAAUGUUUGACAAAGGCUGUUCAUGAAAAUCAUGGGGAGAAGAUGGAUAGUCCAUCAAAUGGUGUCUCUAUUGUAGGAUAUCUGAGACCUGCUUUUAUAGAGGAAGAAUCUUACUUGAGGAGCUUGUUUCAUGGCGAAUGCAAAAGUGAUAGUUAUUCGUCUGACUGGAAAGUAAAUGAAACAGAUGAAUACAACAGAGAAACUCAUUCAAUUUCUGGAACCGAUCGCCUAGUUGAUGAUGAUAAGUCAAGAUUUGACUUCAGUGAUACCAGAACUAGCACUGAUUCAAUGAUCUACAAGCUGGAGAUAAUGACAAUUGAGCUGUUUUCCAUGUAUGGCAAGCAGUUGAUGAUUGAUCCACAAGAUUUUCAAGAUUCAGAACCAGAUAUUCUUGCAAACUCUGCUUCAGCGAUUAUAGAACGGAUCAAAGAAAACAGUGAUCAGUGUGCAGUCGCUCUCAGGUCACUCUGUCGCAGGAAAAAGAGUCUUACUGUCGAGGAGGCAAGCUUGAUUGGAGUUGACAGUCUUGGUAUUGAUGUAAGAGCCUUUUCUGGCUUGGAAGCUAGGACUGUUCGAUUUUCAUUUAAUGCUCAGGCGCUCUCCGAACGUUCAGCUGAAAAGAAGAUCAGGCGAAUGCUUUUCCCUCGUUGUCAGCGUAAAAGUGUGAAAACCUCCACUGAAGAUGAGUCUUAACCUAUCAGCUGAUUUCCCCCCCCCCCUAGAAAGCACCUGAAUGCCUGGUCCAUCGACAAGGGAAUCAACAAAAGAUCUUUGAUUUGAUCUUAUGCGAGUUUUCUAGGAUAGCGCGUAACCUGCCGACUAUGAGAGUGAGCUGAAGCAUCAGGGUACAUUAUUGAGGUUUUGACUUCACCGGUGCAGGAAGGUUGGCCAUGUACGGUCUCUAACAUGCCUCCAGGUCCAAGGAUCCAAGGAUAGAGUUUGGUUUCUGACAAAUAAGAGAACAAAUAACUAAAUAAGGUGGCAGUUCUUGUAAUAGAUGCCCUGCAAUCUGAUCCCGGCAGAAAUCUGCAACCGAGUAGCUGACCAAGCUUUGUCAGCUGUAAAUUCCCAGUAAUAACGAGCUGCAAGAAGAAAGGGCAGAGUAAUAAGGUCUCUUUGGCCUGAAUCAGUCUUAAACAAAGAUAUCUGUUCGAAUCAGUUCUUUUACCCCAACUUGUAACUAACUUUGUUGUCGUCUCUUUCAUGCCUGAAUAAAUGUAACGCAACUGUGAUUAUGUGUCGUCCACCUACAGGAAUGGAAAAAAUGAUAGAUAAAGCUGGUGCCUUUUCUUGGU